AGCCCCGAGGCGGCGGAGCGGCGGCGGCCCCGGUGCCUGCGCCGCUCGGGGGCCGGGCUGGGCGGGGCCGGACGUGAGCGAACUUCCGCGGGGCGGCGGGGUCGCCAUGGCGGCAAAAAGUCCUCCUGAUAGUACUCCAAGAAGGCCUGUUUUAUCUGUCAGUGCAAGAAAAAUUAAAGAUAAUGCAGCAGACUGGCAUAAUUUAAUGAUGAAAUGGGAGAGACUGAAUGAUAAUGGAUUUACUACAGCAAACAAAAUAGUCAACAUGAGGAUCAGUGAGCAAUUUCAAGACAACAAACUGGAGAUAGUAUGUGAUAACAGUGCCACAGAACCUGAAAAGCCAGCCCCAAAAUACAAUGAAGAGCUGGACAAUUGCUGUGCAGAAUUACUUGAGACCUUAAAGCAUAUGACAAAAAUACAACUGAAAAUGGAAAAGCUUACUUCUACUACUAAAGCAAUCUGUGACUUGGAAACAUUCCACCAUGGAGCUGGGAAUUGCAAGGCUCCCUUCUUUCAUACAUGGCCCACACCAUACUUCUAUGAGGUUUCUCUGAAGCUGUGUGAGAUGUACAAGAAGGAGCUACAACUCAAGCAAACAAUUGUACAAGACAUUGCUCAUUCUGCUGACCAGGAUCUGAUGAUGGUGUAUUUAUCCUCGUGGCUGUACCAGCCUUACAUUGAGAACAGCAGCAUGCUGCUGCUCGAAGCCAUGCUGCUGGAAACAGGACACAGGCAGUGCUAGAAUUCCAGAGGUUACAUGGCUGGCUUCUAAUGAUGCUUACAUGAAACUGAACUGGCAUAUUGCAAAGCUUACCAAGUAAGUUGAUUUUUUUGUAAAACUUAUUAAAAAUAUUUUUCUCUUCAUAUUCCUUA